UCCCUCGGAGACAGCGGAUCACCGAUCCACGGAAAGAGCCGAAGAUGUCGGCGCAGUCAUGUGAUCAGCUGUGUCCAAUCACAGCUGAUCACUGAUCAUCAGAGCACUGAUGAUCAGUGUGCCCAGAUGAUCAGUGUAGCCCCAGUAGUGCCACCUAUCAGUGUCCAUCAGUGCCAGCUGUCAGUGCUCGUCAGUGCCACAUGCCAGUUCCCAUCAGUGCCACAUCAAUGCCACAUAUCAGUGCCUACCAGUGCACAUCAAUGCCACAUAUUAGUGCCCAUCUGAGCUGCCUUUCAUUGUCACUCAUCAGUGCCAGUCAGUGCCACCUAUCAAUGCCAAUCAGUGCCACCUAUCAGUGCC